CCAUCGAAAUACUCCCCGACAGACGGUACUACUCCCUGGAAGUAGGCUCGGUAUCGAGACGAUUCACGUGACCGUUCUCAGCGUCGCAGCUGCGGAGUUGUAGUUAGAAACGCUGCUAAAGGUAAAGCCGGCACCCGACCGAACCCCAUCUUUCUCAAUCUCUCCGACCGUCCUGCGCCGACGACCUCAGUAAUCAGUGCUUUCACCUGAACUCACUAUCGUCACCGUCAGCGCCUCUGUACCUGCCGUCUUCCUGGUUGCGCCACUUCCAUCCCGCUCCUUCGUCCCCGUUGCCUCGAGAGGCUUGUAAACCAUGGCCGCAGCCAUCAAAGCUCUCAAUGCGAAGAUUCGCUCCAACCCAGUCUCCGACUACCUCUGCUCAACACAUUUCUGGGGACCGGCCUCCAACUUUGGCAUUCCUCUCGCAGCAGUUUUAGACACGCAAAAAGAUCCAGAAAUUAUUUCCGGCCCCUUCACAGCAGCCUUGACCGUCUACUCUGCAACCUUUAUGCGCUAUGCGCUCGCCGUGCAGCCUAAGAACUACCUGCUCUUCGCAUGCCAUUUCGUCAAUUUCAAUGCGCAGUUGACGCAGGGAUACCGAUUUUAUGAUUACUGGUAUCGAGGCGGUCAAGAUCGCUGGGCCCAGGUCCGAGCAGAAACAGCCAAACUUGAAGGUAAGGCCGAGUCGGUAGCCGAGACGGCCAAGGGCAAGGUUGCAGAUGCCGUGCAAGAGGCCAAGAAGACGGUAUCAUAAACAAGUUGAUUCAGACGAUACGUGGUCCGCUUCCAGUCGGAGCAGAAAGAAAUCUACCAUUACUAUUGUUGGAGGGCUGCGCGGUACACGAGGAGACCAGUACAUCUAUUCUGGUACAAUUCUCGUCAAGCUGCGUCGCGAUGAGCAAGGAGAUGGACGGUGUACAGUUUGUCCCCGUCGGGAGCAAGCGAUGGGCAUCCUAUAUCGACAAGGGGAUCCCUGGAGCUCUUCGAUCUCCUGAAUGUGUAUCCACA